AUGCAACGGAUCCUAGUAUACCUUCUACGGCGGGACCUUAGAGUUGCUGACAACCCAAUCCUACACCAAGUAUCAAAGUUGAACUCUCAAUCACAGAAGCCGUUCACACACCUUCUUCCGGUCUAUAUCCUUUCGGCGAAUCAAAUCGAGGUCUCGGGUCUUAUUCCAACGGGAUCGAACCAGAAGUCUCCCUACCCGGAAGCAAGAAGUUCGGUAGCUGGGUUCUGGCGAUGUGGAAAGCUGCGGGCAAAGUUCACCGCGGAGAGCUUGUGGGAUGUGAAGACCGAUCUCGAGAAGCUCUCUUCAGGAAUUGUCAUUCGAGCUGGAAAUGUCAAGGAUGUGGUUCAAUCGAUACUUCAGGGAUAUCGUGAGAACAAAGAGGCUGAAGUUCAUGGCGUAUGGAUGACAAGUGAGGWAGGAUGGGAAGAGAAGGUAGAGGAGGAGGAUGUAAGGAAGUUGGCGAAAGGAGAGAACAUCGAGUUCAAGUUAUGGGAUGACGAGAAGUACUUCGUGGAUGACCGGGAUCUGCCAUUCAAGAACUUCAAGGAGCUUUCCGAUGUGUUCACCACUUAUCGGAAGCAGGUUGAACCAUUGCGCUCAGCACCGCGAAAGGAGCUCCCAUCACCAAAGACCUUGCCACCUCUUCCAGGUUUCGUCCCCGAGCAAGCAGGUCCUUUCUCGAUACCCGAUUCUCUAGAAAAUCUCGUCUCAGCGCUUCACAAGCCUUUGGACAGUGGAGAGAAGCUUGCCAACCUCCCCACCCUCCCUGAAGGUGCAAAGUCUGCUCACCCGUUCAAGGGAGGAUCCAAGGCUGGCCAUGAUCGAGUCUCGCAUUUGAUCGAUUCAGGGUCCAUGACAUCUUACAAGGACACUCGCAACGGGCUUCUUGGGCUUGACUUCAGUACAAAGCUUUCGGCAUGGUUAUCUCUGGGCUGUCUUAGUGCUCGACAAGUCCAUUGGAAGCUGGUGGAUUUCGAGGACGGUGUCGGAGAUCUGGGCAGCAAAGCUGAAGGGUAUGGCAAGGGCGAAAACAAGGGUACCUCUUCUGUCCGAUUUGAACUUCUCUGGAGAGAUUACAUGCGGCUUUGCACGAAGAAGUUCGGGUCCCGUCUCUUCAUGCUUGAUGGCUAUCGACAAGAUCAGAAUGCAAAGAAUAGUUGGAAGAGCUCGCCAUAUACGACAUCUACCAACAAGAAGAACAAGAACGGGGUGAACGACAACGAUACUCGGAUUGCUCUCGAACGUUUCCUCACAGGACAUACCGGCACUGGUCUGAUCGAUGCCUCCCAGCGGGAGCUUUGGCUUACCGGUUGGACUUCGAAUCGUGCCCGCCAGAAUGUGGCAUCGUACCUAGCCAAGCGUCUCUGGAUCGAUUGGAGAGUAGGUGCAGAGUGGUAUGAGAUGAACCUAGUGGACCAUGACGUUUCAAGCAAUUGGGGUAACUGGCAAUAUGUAUCCGGUGUGGGCAAUGAUCCCAGAGGAGACGCAAGAGUGUUCAAUCCCGUCAAACAGGCGUAUGACUACGACCAGAAUGGCGCAUAUGUACGAACAUGGGUGCCCGAGCUUCGGAAAGUGAACAUUGGAGGAGAGAACAAUGCCAAUCCGGAAGGACUGCAGGGAGUCUUCCAGGGAUGGAAGAUUCCUGCCGAGGAAAAGCAGAGGAUUGGGUUGCAGGGUGUUGACUGGGUGGAGAAGCCGCUCGUCAAGAUCGACUUCUCGGUCAAUCGUCGGGGCGGCGGCAGACCGCGUGGUGGAGGAGGCGGAGGCGGAGGUGGAGGCUAUCGGGGACGAGGACGGGGUCGGGGUGGUGGAGGUCGCGGGUCGUGA